AACAUUAGCCUGUUUACUUUUCCUUUUAGUUGCACACAUACGUGCGCGCUGUUUCAAUCACACAAUACAAAGUAACACAUAUUUCAACCGAAUAGAAUGUGAAUGAAAUAGUUGUACUAAGUAAUACAUUUAAUUUGCUAGAUUGUUGACGAACGAGUUUAUUUUCAAUUGCUGUUGAAUCAGCUGAGUUCAUGUUUUGCAAACGAGCGCGACACAAAAAAUCAGUCGGAAAGCAAAAUAAGUGUAACUUGUAAGAUUUGGUUAUCGGCGAUAAGAAGAAAAAAACGGUUGAAAUCGGUUGUAAAGUGGUUUUAAUCAAUUUAAAAAAAAGUUCCAAUUACCAUUUACAUAUGAAUGGAGUAUUUUCCAUCAAAAAGGGAGCCAUUUAAAUUAACUAAAAAUGGCUCGCGGCUUACUUCGUCUAUGUAGCUAUCAUAAGUCAGAUCCAAUUCAGAAACUUCAAUUGCACUCUCAAAGAUGGUUUUCAAGAUCAUCGAAUGUGUAUGAAAAAAGUGCCAAACCCAGUGAAAGUAUUAAAGGCAUUCCGUAUAAACAAUUAAAAAUUGGCGUUGGCAAGGAAAAAUGGACGAAUGAAAAGAGAGUGGCAAUAACGCCGGCCGUAACAUCAGCUUUGGUGAAAAAAGGAUUCACAGUGAAUGUUGAACAAGGUGCUGGUUUUUCGGCAAAAUUUCGUGAUGACGAUUAUGCAAAGGCCGGUGCAAAUAUUGUCAAUUCAAAUGCCGCACUAUCAUCGGAUAUUGUGCUUAAAGUUCGUCAACCACACGAUUCUGAUAUUCCAUUGUUUCGCGAUAAUUCAACGCUCAUUUCAUUUCUAUACCCGGCCAGAAAUAAAGCACUUAUUGAUAAGCUAAGUGCAAAGAAAAUGAACGCAUUCGCAAUGGAUUGCAUUCCACGUAUUUCACGAGCACAGGUGUUUGAUGCCUUAAGUUCAAUGGCCAAUAUUUCCGGUUACCGAGCCGUUAUCGAAGCUGCCAAUCAUUUUCCACGUUUUUUCUCGGGACAAAUCACAGCUGCUGGAAAAGUUCCUCCAGCAAAGAUUUUGGUCAUUGGAGGCGGAGUCGCGGGUUUAGCUGCAUGCGCUCAAGCCAAAAAUAUGGGAGCUAUUGUUCGUGCAUUUGACACAAGAUCAGCCGUACGAGAACAGGUUGAAAGUUUGGGCGCCGAGUUUCUUACAAUAAAUAUUAAGGAAGAAGGAGCUACUGCCGACGGAUAUAGUAAAGAAAUGUCACAAGCAUUUAUCGAUGCUGAACACGCCUUAUUUGCUGAACAGUGUAAAGAUGUGGAUGUGAUAAUAACGACAGCAUUGAUUCCAGGAAAAAGGGCACCAAUCCUCAUUUUGAAGGAUCAUGUAAAGCUUAUGAAACCUGGAAGUGUUAUUGUCGAUUUAGCCGCUGAAACGGGCGGAAAUGUUGAAACAACAGUUCCCGGAGAAGUUAAAACAAUUCACGAUGUCGUCCAUGUUGGCCUAACUGAUUUGCCAAGUCGCUUGCCCACACAAAGUUCAACAUUAUAUGCAAAUAACAUUUCAAAAUUCCUAUUGUCGAUUGGUGAAAAGGAGCAUUUCAAUAUUAAUUUGGAAGAUGAAGUUGUACGAGGCAGUAUUAUAUUGAAGAAUGGCGAAUUACUGUGGCCGCCACCAAUGUUAAGCGUAUCAAAAGCACCGUCACCGGCACCAGCCGCACAAGAAAAGAAGCCAGCCGAAGUGAAGAGUCUUCCCGCACCCGAUCCAUUUAAAGACACAUUGAAAAAUAGUUUGGUGUACACCGGGGGAAUGGCAACAAUGAUUGGUUUGGGAUGUGCCUCGCCGAAUCCAGCAUUUACAACUAUGCUGACCACAUUUGGAUUGGCUGGCAUUGUUGGUUAUCACACUGUUUGGGGCGUUACACCGGCAUUGCACAGCCCAUUGAUGUCGGUUACCAAUGCGAUUUCCGGUAUUACGGCCGUUGGUGGAAUUUUAUUGAUGGGUGAUCAUUUGGUUCCAACGAAUGCAAUUGAAGCUCUAGGCGCCAGUGCUGCUCUAAUCUCAUUUGUAAAUAUAUUCGGUGGCUUUUUAGUUACACAGAGAAUGCUCGACAUGUUCAAAAGACCCGAAGAUCCACCAGAAUACAAUAAAUUAUAUGCAAUUCCAGCACUUGGUUUUUUUGGUGGAUAUGGUUACGCCACGCUAGCAAAUUUCCCCGAAAUCCAUCAAAUGGCAUAUUUGGCAGCUAGUUUAUGUUGUGUUGGUGCUCUUGGUGGUUUGUCAUCACAAAAGACUUCUCGUUUAGGAAAUGCACUUGGAAUUAUGGGCGUGAGCGGUGGAAUCGCGGCGACACUCGGCAUGAUGUCACCCACUAUUGAUGGGUUACUGCAAGUGGCUGGUGUGGCUGCAUUGGGCGGUGGACUUGGAAGUGUGAUUGCAAAACGAAUUCAAAUAACUGAUCUACCUCAAUUAGUUGCUGGUUUUCACAGUUUGGUUGGUUUGGCAGCUGUGUUAACAUGUGUUGCAACCUACAUGCAUGAUUUCCCCACAUUGGCCACCGAUCCAGCUGCAAAUGUUUUACGAACUGCACUUAUACUUGGAACAUACAUUGGCGGAGUCACAUUUAGUGGUUCCCUUGUGGCCUAUGGAAAAUUACAAGGCUUAUUGAGCUCAUCUCCGUUGUUGUUGCCUGGUCGACAUUACAUAAAUGCUGGUCUACUUGGUGCCAAUGCUUUGGCAAUGGCUGCAUUCUAUGCAGAUCCAUCAUUGAGCGGCGGAUUGGCUAUUUUAGGCGCAACAUCUCUUUUAUCAAGUAUCAUGGGAGUAACACUAACAUCGGCAAUUGGAGGUGCUGAUAUGCCUGUUGUUAUUACUGUGUUAAACUCAUAUUCCGGAUGGGCACUCUGUGCUGAAGGUUUUAUGUUGAAUAACAAUCUCAUGACCAUUGUCGGUGCGUUAAUUGGAUCGUCUGGUGCGAUUUUGUCCUACAUCAUGUGUAAAGCAAUGAAUCGAUCCUUGCCGAAUGUUAUCCUCGGCGGUUACGGAACAUCAUCAACUGGAACAGGCGAAGCGAUGAAAAUUACUGGCACCCAUACUGAAUUAGAUGUACCUAGUUGCAUUGAUUUGAUAAAAAGUGCCAAGAAUAUUAUCAUUACGCCAGGCUAUGGCCUCUGUGUUGCAAAAGCACAAUAUCCACUUGCUGAACUUGUUUCCAUUUUAAAGUCCAAAGGGAAGAAAGUACGAUUUGCAAUUCACCCGGUUGCUGGCCGAAUGCCGGGACAAUUAAAUGUUCUAUUGGCUGAGGCUGGAGUUCCAUAUGACGAUGUCCUUGAAAUGGAUGAAAUAAACGAUGAUUUUGAUGACACCGACCUAACACUUGUGAUUGGCGCCAACGAUACCGUCAAUAGUGCCGCCGAAGAUGAUCCCAAUUCCAUUAUAGCUGGUAUGCCAGUACUUCGUGUAUGGAAAUCCGAUCAGGUGGUUGUGAUCAAACGAUCGCUUGGCGUUGGUUAUGCUGCAGUUGACAAUCCAAUUUUCUACAAGCCAAACACAUCGAUGUUACUUGGCGAUGCAAAGAAAGUGUGCGAUGACCUCUUGUCCAAAAUUAAAACCAUUUACUAAAAAAUAAUGUUCAUACAUUUCAUUUGUUCAAUUAUGCAUAUUGAAGAUUAACUAUAGUUAAUUAUAACGAUAAAUCGAUUUUCCUUAUUUUGAUUAUGUCAUGUAUUUUCCUAUUAUAAGUUUAUGAAUAAAAAUAAAAAUAAAUUGCGAAUUUUCCAUUUGAUA